CGAAAUUCAAUUUCCAUCGUUUUAUUUUUUUCCCCUGCCUAGUGUAGUAUAGUAUAGGGCUAGAUCUAGAUAAUGUAGCUAGACUUAGACUAGAAAGUAAACUAAGCAAAAUCUCUGUUUUAAUGGCAUUGAGAGUUGGAUUAUGUACAUCACUAAACCAGGAAAAUUUAGGCAAGCUUAAAGCUGGUGGCAUCAGAACAGUCACAGAUUUCAUAACCAGAGACCCUGAUGCUAUCUCAAAAGAUCUUCACAUACCUUAUAAGGAUGUAUGUUCCAUUCGUCGAGUAUUAAUUUCUGAGAACUCAGCUUAUCCUGUUUCUGCUGUGACUUUGUAUAAGGAUGCAUUGCCUAUGUUGACGAUGUUAUCUACAGGAUGUAACAGGCUUGAUGAGUUGUUGGACGGUGGACUCUUCACAGCAGAAGUUACAGAAAUAGCUGGGUUUACAGCUGCUGGAAAAACAAGAAUUUGCUUAUGGUGUGCAGCAACCACAGUAAUGACAGAGAAAUACACCGUUGUUUAUAUAGAUACCUGCUCAUCAUUUAGCAUUGAAUGUGUCCUAGACGUUCUUUCACAGAGUGCAGAUUUUAAUCAAGCUGAGUUAUCCCAAGAGCUGUUGGAAGAGAAGUUGCAGCGGAUCAAACUUGUACAGGCGUUCAAUGUCUUUGACUUGUUUUCUGUUUUGGAAAGCAUUCGGGAAGACUUAACAAAACCGACUCCCAUGGAGUAUGGCAAUGUAAAACUUGUGAUAAUAGACAACCUGGCAUCCCCCAUUAAUCCAAUCAUUGGUGGCCAGAUUGCACAUAGUCAAGGUAUAAUCUCACAGCUGGGAUUAAGUCUAAAACAGCUGGCCCACAAAUCUUCCUUAGCUGUAUUGGUUACAAACAAUUUGACAACUUCUAUGAAUGGUGACAAGAGUAAGCCAGCCCUGGGCAAGUCUUGGUCCCAUGUCCCACACACGAGGCUCAUCAUUCAGAAAUGUAAACAUGUGUCUUCACACAGCAGCUUGCGUGAGGUGUGUCUGGUGAAGAGUGGCAGACAACAGACGCCAGCAACUACUACCAUAUCAUUAGACAGACGCCAACAGGACCCAGGCUAGGCAGAAGAUAAACAUUAAUUUUUAAAUUAAUGAUUAAAAUUUACAGACACAACAGGCAUUAAAUUUUCUGUUGUAAGGAAACAACAGAGCAUUUUCCGUCACCUUUCAUAGAAACCUAUUCCUUAGUGUUUAAUGGGAUUUUUUUCUGUAAGCUAAACCCUGAUUCAAAAGGUUUGAAGAGGCUAAAUAGAAUUAUAGACCCUGUCACAGUUCAAAUAAACUGAUCAAGGAGUUUACUCUUUUUUUUUGUAAAUGUUUGAAAGUAAAUUAACACCCUAAAAUGAAAGAGAAUA